UCAUGACAAGUCAAACAGUUUGAGCCAACUUCAGGGCGAGAGACACGACUGCCGAGUCGCUCCGACAGGGAUCAAAAACGACUGGCUAUUGCAUCGGGAUCGCUCCGGGAAUCAAACCGACACUCAACAGACAGUGAGAGGAGCGGCAUGAUGAUGAGGAUGGGCGCUGUGAUGAGGAAGGUGGUCUGCCUGUUGGCAUGGCUGUCUGUGGGUCAGGUCAGCGGGUCGUACCUCCCUCAGGACAUGAACAGAACCCUGCAGGACCUGCUGCAGCACUAUAAAAUCUCUAAAUCGGAUAUAUACGACGGAAAGCACGUGUUCCCCAAAGAAGAACUGAAAGGCAAAAUGGAGUCCCAGAUGUUGUUUAUGGGCGGCGUUUUGGAGGCGUAUGACAAACUGUUUGGACACAUGCUGAAGGGGCUGCCCACUCCAAGCCCCCUGUCAGCCACCAGUGGGGACAAAGCGGACACUUCGGGCCCCAGCACCACCGAGCCGUCGGCUGCCGGCGACACCAGGUUCAACCUGAUCAAGGUUUUACAGAAGAUCAGGGAGCUGAAGCGGCACAGCUAUCAGGAGCAACUCAAGGUUCUCCACGGACUGCAGAAGCUCAAACACAUUGAGAUGGACAACAUCAAGGUGCAGGGCAAAGCAUUGUGGGAGCUGCCGUGGAUUUACGAGAAAGCGAACUCGCUGGCGGACAACGUCAUGAGGAGGAGGCGGCGGAGGCGGCGGCAGACCAGGACAGGUCUCGCCAGGGAGCCUGAAAGACGAGCAAAAGGGCAGCAAUAACAGCUACAAAAACACCAGCGAAAUAAGGAUGUCAGAUAACAAAAACUGAAAUUAAAGUGCCUAUUAAGGAUUUUGUAAUUAGGGGAUUCUUUCAUACACAUAUAUUUAUUGACUAAACAACAAACUAUCAGGCUAAGCUUGAAACAUCUAAUGUUGUAAUGUUUGUUUUAAGUCGGAUUUAAUGGUUUUUUUUUGUUUUUUUUACUUGAAAACAAGAUGCUGCAAAGAUUAGGAUAAAUAAUUUUACCUGGAAAUACUUGAUUUAUCCACUUUAAAAACAUCAGAGGGUAAAAACUGAGAAGAUCAGCUAGGCGUAAAACAUAACCCUGGAUAGAGUGUGUUAAACUCUGAUUGGACAGUGGCAGAGAGGUGGGUGGGGAGGAGACCUCUGAUUGGUCAGACACUUUAAAUGAAAGUAAAUAGAGUCCAAACCAAAUUUUAUUUUCUUUCUUUCUUGAGUUUGAGUGAAUUUUUUAUCACCAAACUUGUUUUUACUGAAGUGCCUUGGAGAGUUGAUGUUUACAGUACAAAGUACACCAAAGUUUUUCAUUAUGUACUGUAAAGUAAUUUUACUUCUCUGGACCUUCAAGCCCAGCACUGAUGUACUAUUAUUACAGCAGAAGUACUGCAGUUGCCAGGGAUUUCAUCGUUUUUGCUGACAUGUUCUAGUUUUUUUGUAUUUAUUUUGUAUUUAAGAGUUUUAUUUAAUAGUGAAUCACGAUGUUAUGACUGUUGAUUAUUUAUUGUGUAUUUAUUGAUUGGCACAAGCUGACACUGACAGGUUAGCAUGAAAUAAACAGAAAGCACUUCA